GAGCCCGGCUGCGCUGCGGGUUCGAUUCCCGGCGGUGUUGCCGCCGGUUUUGCUAUCACCAGUAACAGUGGUAACACCAGUACCGAGGUAGUGUUGCUGCCGCCGCCGCCAGGGAAGAUGAGCCUUUCCCCGAAAGAGCUGUCGAGCCUGCUGAGCAUCGUGUCGGAGGAGGCCGGAGGCGGCACCUUCGAGGGCCUCUCCACCGCCUUCCACCACUACUUCGGCAAGGCCGAGCACUUCCGCGUGGGCUCCGUCCUGGUGCUGCUCCUCCAGCAGCCCGACCUCUUGCCUACCCCACCGCAGCGCCUCACCGCCCUCUACCUGCUAUGGGAGAUGUACCGCACCGAGCCCCUCGCCGCCAACCCUUUCGCCGCCAUCUUCGCCCACCUCCUCAACCCGGCGCCUCCGGAGCGCUCUGGCUCUGGGCCGGGCUCGGCCGGCGGCAGCGGCGACGACAGCGAGAGGCCCCCGCUCUCAGGUUUUUUGCCUCCCAUAACCCCACCAGAGAGAUUCUUUCUUUCCCAGCUCAUGUUGGCCCCACCUAGAGAACUCUUCAAAAAGACUCCACGACAGAUUGCAUCAAUGGAUGUAGGAAAUAUGGGCCAAUCUGUAGAUAUAAGUGGUCUUCAGCUGGCUUUGGCAGAACGUCAGUCUGAGCUGCCAACACAGAGUAAAGCUAGUUUCCCAAGCAUUCUCAGUGACCCUGAUCCGGAUUCUUCAAAUUCUGGUUUUGACAGCUCUGUUGCCUCCCAGAUUACUGAAGCUCUAGUGAGUGGACCAAAACCACCUAUUGAAAGUCAUUUUCGGCCAGAAUUUAUUCGGCCACCACCUCCACUCCAUAUUUGUGAGGAUGAGCUAGCUUGGUUAAACCCCAUAGAACCAGAUCAUACCAUUCAGUGGGACAAGUCAAUGUGUGUGAAAAACAGUGCUGGAGUGGAAAUCAAACGAAUCAUGGCCAAGGCAUUCAAAAGUCCUUUGUCAUCACAACAGCAAACACAGCUGCUUGGAGAAUUGGAGAAGGACCCUAAGCUUGUUUACCAUAUUGGCCUCACUCCUGCCAAAUUACCUGACUUGGUGGAAAAUAAUCCGUUGGUUGCUAUAGAAAUGCUGCUUAAACUAAUGCAGUCAAGUCAGAUAACUGAGUAUUUUUCAGUCUUGGUCAACAUGGACAUGUCUCUACAUUCAAUGGAAGUUGUAAAUCGGCUUACUACUGCAGUUGAUCUUCCUCCAGAAUUUAUUCACCUUUAUAUCUCCAAUUGUAUUUCUACUUGUGAACAAAUUAAGGACAAGUAUAUGCAGAACCGGCUGGUACGUCUCGUUUGUGUCUUUCUACAAUCCUUGAUUCGGAACAAAAUAAUUAAUGUACAGGACUUAUUUAUAGAAGUACAAGCAUUUUGUAUUGAAUUCAGUCGGAUAAGAGAAGCAGCUGGCCUUUUUCGAUUGCUGAAGACACUUGACACUGGUGAAAAUCCUUCAGAGACAAAGACCUCAAAAUAAGACUUGGUUUAGAAGAAUGCUUUUUAUUGGAUUAGGAUGCUGUAAGAUUUCUGUAUAGUUGACUAUAUUGCUUGCAAUUAAGAUGCUAUUUGUGCUGUAUUAAAUAUUGCUUUUUCUGUUGAA